AUGAUGGAAGAGUUUGGGGACGUGCUUGCGUCAGCGGCCAAGACCCCGAGAUCUCCUACCAAAUCUCCUUCUAUAAGUCUGUCAUUCCUAACCAAAGAGUCUAACACACGCACCUUCACAGCAUGGGAUGUUGACGAGCGCCUCUCCGAACUCGAUACCCAGUUCAAGGUCAUGAAGGAGGUCAUGAAUACAUCUCUCUCUGACAGGACAGCCAUGGAUGAAGCGAUCAGACUAGCCAAGACAAGAGCAAACGAUCUUGAACGAGAACGGGAUCAGCUUAGCGAGAGAAAUUCAAUGCAGCAGUCAGAAAUGACAGAGUUGAAAAUGCAGAUUCAACAACUAACCCUAAAUCUUGAGACAGAAAGGAGACAGUUCCGGUUCGAUCUUGAAGACAAGUCCCGGGAUCAUCGCACCGAGCUCGAUCAGCUCCGGAGAGAAUUGAAGGAUGAAACGGAACGACAACAGCGUGACCACAGAGAGGCCCUCGAAGCAUUGGAGCGGCAUUAUCGAGCCGAGGUCGAGGAUGAGCGGAGCCAGAGGUCGAGGGAAGUUGAUGAGCUUAGAGCAAAGCUUGGUUCCGAACAACAAGGCUUGAAUGUGGCUUUGCAGGCCAAAGAUCGAGAAAUGGACCAGCUAAGAGCACAGAUGGAAGACCUCAAGGGUGAUCUUGACCGCGAACACACGUUGAAGAAUAGCUUGCAGAAGCGGAUUGCUGAAAUCACAACAUUGAACAUGGAGCUGGAAGAUCGCUUGCGCGCAUCAAAGGCAAAGGUCGAGUUUCUCGAAUCAGACAGCAAGGCCCAAUCUGACUCCUAUGCCGACAUGGAGGCUAGGAUGCAGGAUGCUGUCCAUGCUGCUGAGGAGGCGCGGCAGAAGCUCAUCAAGGAGGAGACCGAGCGGCGAGCUCUCUUCAACAAAUAUCAAGAGCUCAAGGGCAAUAUCAGGGUUAUGUGCCGUGUUCGCCCGGCUCUUGGCUCAUCCGAGGGCGAGGAAGCAAGAAUUAUGUUUCCAGAUGAGAAGACGUCAGCUCAGAUUGACAUCAUGGGCCCGGAGGAGAAGACCAGCCUUGGAGUUGUUUCCCGCAAACCAUUCCCCUUCGAGUUUGACCGGGUUUUUGCUCCGAAUGUGCAGAAUGAAGAGGUGUUUGGGGAAAUUUCGCAGCUCGUCCAAAGUGCCCUUGAUGGGUACAACGUGUGCAUCUUCUGCUACGGCCAAACAGGCUCGGGCAAGACAUUUACCAUGUCCUCGCCCGAUGGAAUGAUCCCUCGCGCGACGCAGAUGAUCUACGAGACAGUAACCAAGCUGAAGGAGAAGUCCUGGACCUACACGAUGGAGGGCAGCUUCGUCGAGGUGUACAAUGAAGAGCUCCACGACCUACUCACCCCUGCGAGAGAUGUUGAUGCAAAGAAGAAGCUCGAGAUCCGCCACGACGAGGCUCGGAAGUCAACUACCGUUAUUAACUGCAAGAGUGUCAUCCUCGACUCGGCCCACACCGUGGAGACAAUGCUUCAACAGGCCCAGAACAAUCGGUCUGUCGCCGCCACCAAAGCGAACGAACGGUCAUCACGGUCGCAUAGCGUCUUCAUCCUCAAGCUCGUGGGUGAGAACAGUGCUACACAUGAGCGCUGCGAGGGUACGCUGAAUCUGGUGGAUCUUGCCGGUUCGGAACGGUUGAAACACUCCCAGGCUGAGGGCGAGCGCAUGAAGGAAACCCAGAGCAUCAACAAGAGUCUGACAUGCCUUGGUGAUGUGAUUGAAGCCCUCGGCAGGGGCUCAGGUCACAUUCCUUACCGCAACUCAAAGUUGACGUACCUGCUUCAGUACUCUCUGGGUGGCAACUCCAAGACCCUCAUGUUUGUCAUGGUCAGCCCGCUAGAGGCCCAUCUAAAGGAGACCUUGACCAGCUUGCGGUUCGCCACAAAGGUUCACAAUACCCAUAUUGGGACAGCAAAGUCGACGAAGAAGUUGAAGGAUUGA